UAACCGAAGAGGAGGAGGAGGAGGAGGAGGCGGCGGCGGCGGCGGCGGCUGCUGUAUAGGCAAAGUAGACACAGCUUCAUUUCUUCAUAUGCUUUCUUGGCGGAGAUACAAAUAAGAUCAGGCUUUUCAGAAGGAAAUCCAGAACUCGCCAAAUAUGUCUGGGAAACCCAAACUGACCUAUUUCAAUGGCAGAGGACGGAUGGAAUCCAUUCGGUGGCUGUUAGCAGCAGCUGGAGUUGAGUUUGAAGAAAUAUUUUUGGAAACAAGAGAACAAUAUUUGAAAUUAAUCAAAGAGGGGUAUCUGCUGUUUGAUCAAGUCCCCCUGGUGGAGAUGGAUGGGCUGAAGCUGGUCCACACCAAGGCUAUUCUCAAUUACAUUGCAGGGAAAUACAAUCUCCAUGGGAAGGAUCUGAAAGAAAGAGCACAAAUUGACAUGUACGUGGAAGGAACCAUGGACCUGAUGGCUAUUAUUUUGCUGUAUCCUUUUUCUCCACCUGAGGAAAAGGAGAAGCAGCUUGCUACACUUAUUGAAAAGGCCACAACCAGGUACUUCCCAGUCUAUGAAAAGGCUCUGAAACAGCAUAGGCAAGAGUUCCUGGUUGGCAAUCACUUCAGCUGGGCAGAUAUACAGUUGCUUGAAGCAAUUUUAAUGUUGGAAGAGAAAAAAGCUGAUGUUCUUGCACCAUUCCCUCAACUACAGGCUUUCAAAGCAAGAAUAAGCUCUAUCCCCACCAUUAAGAAAUUCCUAGAACCUGGAAGCCAAAGGAAACCACCUCCUGAUGAUGCUUAUGUAGCCACAGUGCUGAAGGUUUUUAAGAUGGACUUAGCAUAACAUCAUGUCUGCUUGCCAGAAUAUCAAAUAUCUCCGGGCAAUAGAAAGACCCAGCAUAAGCCAACAAGAUUUCCAUCAUGCAGCAAGGAACACAGCCCAACCGUUACAAGCUAUCUCAAAGGGUUCCUAUUGUUAUUUAACCUCAAGUGGUAGUACAUCUCCCACCUUGGUUUCUAUGCAAUGAUGUUUGGCCACAGAGCACCCCCACAGUUGUUUAUCAUGGCACACUGCUGUCUGGUGUGCUAAAUGCAUGGACCUUGCCUUCAUCUCAUUUAGGGGACAAUUCAAAAUCCUAUUUUUUGUUUCCUAAAAGCAAAUGAUUAUCUGAUGGGAUCAAAAGCAAUAAAUGAUUUACUCUUUGGUGCAAAUCA